CAUAAUUUAAAAAAAAAAAAAUAGACGAAGACAAUGUAAUAGAUUGAAACAGAUUCUGUUUCUUUCUACCAGAGUAACUCCACUCUGCGUCCGCAUGCAAUCCAAUCUUCCACAUUUUAGACUUGGCAGUCGAAAGACAUUCCAAGGAAACUGGGAAUCCUCAUGAAUUAUUUACAAUAAUUAGGACGGAUUUUUUUUGUAUAUGCAGUACAUGUUACUGUAAGGACUUGGCACGAAUUAGGACAUCCCAAUCAAUAUGCAGCAAGCAGUGAUGGAAGAAACUACUACUACUACUACUACAACAACAACUACGUCAUAUGAAAACCCUGCAAGCAGUUACGACGACUUAUUUCCGGCAUUACCGGAAUCUGUAACCCCUGUUCCAAAUGUGAAUACUCAAGGACAAUGGAAUAAUAAAAUGCGUGUUGGAUCCACUUCGGUUACUCAAGUGGUACGAGUACCUUAUGAAGAACGCAAAUUUGACCAUAGCGAUAAAUUUGGUGAAGGUGAAUCGACACGGACAUGUUAUCAAAUAUCAAAAGAUACCGGCGCAAACAUUGAAAUUUCAUCUAGUAAAGAUCAAUCUUUAACAUUUUUGGUAACUGGAAAAACAAAUGAAGUGUUAGAAGCACGCCGAAAAAUUCUAACCCAUUUCCAAACUCAAGCUAGUAAGCAAUUAUCCAUUCCAGUGGAACAUCAUAAAGUUAUUUUAGGUAAAGCUGGACAACGACUUAAAGAUUUGGAAAAACAAACAGCAACUAAAAUUCACGUUCCAAAUAUCAAUGAAAGUUCUGAAAUAAUUACUAUAACUGGAACUAAAGAAGGUGUAGAAAAGGCAGAACAUGAAAUACGUAUUUGGUCCGAAGAACAAUCCCGUAAAGCACUUGAACGUGUAUCCGUUCCAAAAAUUUAUCAUCCAUUUAUUUUUGGGGCCUACAAUGAAACUUUAAACGCAAUGAUUGCUGAAACUGGAGCUCGAAUUAAUGUCCCUCCACCUUCGGUACAAAAAGACGAAAUUAUUAUUGCUGGUGAAAAGGAAGGUGUUUUAUUAGCAAAAGCAAAAAUUGAAGCUAUUCAUAAAGAUAUGGUGAAAAAAUGUGGUACGGUUUCAGUUGAAGUUCCAAAAGCACAACAUAAAUAUGUUGUUGGUCAUCGUGGAAGUACUAUUGCCGAAAUUCUAAAAGAAACUAAUGUUAGUGUUGAAAUACCACCAAGCGAUUCGGCAACUGGAACAAUUACUUUAAGAGGUCCUCAUGAUAAAUUGGGUUUAGCAUUAAGUAAAGUGUAUGAGAAGGCAAAUUCAGGUCUAACAGCAAUUAUUGAAGCACCGGCAUGGAUUCAUAAAUAUAUUAUUGGACCAAAACGAGCUAAUAUUAAAGAUUUAACUAGAGAUUUCCAAAAAUUACGAGUUGAAUUUACAGAAGAUAAAAUUAAGAUCGAAGGCCAACCUGAAGAAGUUGAAAAAGCUCGAGCAUCUAUUGAAAGUGUUGUAAAUGACUUAGUAUCGAAAUUCACAUUCGUUGAGUUAAAUGUUGAUCCAAAGUAUUGUAAACAUAUCAUUGGAAAAAGUGGAGCAAAUGUAAAUAGGCUGAAAGAUGAAACUGGUGUUAUGAUCAACAUAACCGAAAAUGAUGCUACCAACAUUAUUAGAAUCGAAGGUAAUCAUGAAGGUGUUCAACAGGCGAAACAAGAACUUUGUGAAAUGAUUGAUAAACUAGAUAACGAAGUACAAAAAGACGUUGUCAUUGAUCAAAGACAUUAUAAAAGCAUUAUUGGUACAAAAGGAGCAAACAUUAAAGAAAUUAAAGAUAAAUUUCCACAAGUUGCAAUUGCAUUCCCCGGUCCAGGUGAUAAACCCGAUUUAGUUAAAUUACGUGGACCAAAAGAUGAAGUUGAAAAAUGUUCAAAAUACUUAUUAAAACGUGCCAAACAAUUGAAUGAAGUAUCAUAUUCUGUGGAUGUUCCAAUAUUUAAACAAUUCCAUAAGUUUGUUAUUGGUAAAGCAGGAGCAAAUAUACGAAAAAUUCGUGAUGAAACUCAAACGAAAAUUGACUUACCUGCUGAGGGUGACAACAGCGAUGUUAUAACAAUUACAGGGAAAAAAGAAAAUGUUGAAGAAGCACGUGAUAGAAUUCAAAAAAUUCAAGUUGAACUUGCCAAUAUUGUAAACGAAGAAAUUACUAUUCCACCUAAAUUUUAUAAUUCCCUUAUUGGUACUGGUGGAAAAUUGAUUCAUUCAAUAAUGGAAGACUGUGGUGGUGUUACUAUCAAAUUUCCCACUGCCGAAAGUAAUAGUGAUAAAGUUAGUAUUCGAGGUCCUAAAGAUGAUGUUGAGAGAGCAAAACAACAAUUAUUGGAAUUAACAUCAGAACGGCAAUUAUCAAGUUACACUGCUGAAGUUCGUGCUAAACCACAACAUCAUAAAUUCUUAAUUGGUAAAAAUGGAGCUAGUAUCAAAAAGAUUCGUGAUGCAACUGGAGCACGAAUUGUUUUUCCAACUGAUAAGGAUGAAGAUAAAGAAGUCAUUACAAUCAUUGGAAAACAAGAUGCUGUUCUUAAAGCAAAAGCGGAACUUGAGUCAACCAUAAAAGAAAUCGAUAAUAUUGUUGAAAGCGAAAUGACUGUAAAACCUCAACAUCAUAAGCACUUUGUAGCCAGGCGGGGUGAAGUUUUACACCGCAUCACUGAAGAGUGUGGAGGUGUAUCAAUUAGUUUUCCACGACCAAAUGUUGAAAGUGAUAGGGUAGUGUUGAAAGGAGCUAAAGAUUGUAUUGAAGCUGCCAAACAACGUAUACAAGAAAUUGUUGCUGACUUAGAAUCAAUGGUUACAAUCGAUUGUGUUAUACCUCAAAAACAUCAUCGUACUGUUAUGGGUGCUAAAGGAUCAAAAGUCCAACAAAUAACUUCUGAAUUUGAUGUUAUGAUUAAAUUUCCAGAUAAAGAUAUUCAAGAUUCGUAUCAAGAAGGUCAAGUAAAUGGAGAUAUUGAUGAAAAUGCUGUUAAACCUUGCGAUAUCAUUAGGAUUAAUGGUAAAGAAGCUAAUUGUCUUGCAGCAAAACAAGCACUUUUAGAUCUAGUUCCUAUUACCAUUGAGGUAGCUGUGCCAUUUGACUUCCAUCGUUCAAUUAUUGGUCAAAAAGGACGUGACGUUCGUGAGUUAAUGGACACAUAUGAUGUUCAUAUCAUACUUUCGCCGGCUGACCAAAAAUUAGAUAUAAUAAAGAUCACCGGUACGCCUGCUAAUGUUAAAAAUGCUGAAGUAGCUAUUCAAGAAAAAUGUAAACAAUUGCUUGCCGAUCGUGAAGAUCGUCUCGCAAGAUCAUUUGAAUUGAAAAUUGAAGUUGACCCCGAGUUUCAUUCAAAAAUUAUUGGACGACGUGGAGCAGUUAUUACUAAAAUACGUACUGAUCACAAUGUUCAAAUAAAUUUCCCAAAGAAAGGUGAUCCCGAUGAACGUAUCAUAACAAUAACUGGCUAUGAAGAGAAAACGCAUGCUGCAAAAGACGAUAUUAUGAAGAUCGUUAAUGAAUUGAAUGAUAUGGUCAGAGAAGAAGUAUCGUUAGAUGCACGAGUCCAUUCAAGAUUUAUUGGUUUUCGUGGUCGUAACAUUCGUAAAAUCAUGGAUGAUUAUAAAGUUGACAUUAAAUUCCCUCGUUCUGACGACCCAGAUCCUAAUCUUGUUGUUAUAAUGGGUGCUGACGAUAAUGUUCAAGAAGCAAAAGAUCAUUUACUUAAUUUAGAAGAAGAAUAUAUGGAAGAUGUAACUGAAGCGGAAAUGAGGGAAAGCUAUCGCCCAUCUUCUAAUCGCGAAGAGACAAAUGGUUCUCAACAAGGUGGUGAAGCUGGUAAUGGUUUUGUUGUGAAAGGAGCACCAUGGGAACAAAAAGCUCCAAAUACAGCAAGUGUUGAAGAAUUUCCAUCAUUUGGUCCACGUGGUGGUACUCAAGCACCACCAACUGAAGCUACACCACCACAAUCAGCACCAUUCUCUGGUGCUUGGGGACUACGUCGUUAAAUCCUCCACUCUCGUUUUUUUAUGCCAUAACUACAUAAUUCACUUUGUUAUUUAGUAGUACUACUUACAAAAAUAUUAAUACGAUGAAGUUUUGUUUUUCAUGUUGAUAAAAACAAAAAAAAAUUGAAAAUUAUACAAAAAUUAAAUAUACACACGGCUGGUACACGUGGUGAUUUCACUUGAAAUACAAAAAAAUAUCAUUGUAUUUAUGUUGUUUUUUUUGAUUCCGUAAUGUAGUUUCUGACAAGUAAUACUCUCUUGCUUUUUUAAGAAUUUAUUUUAAAAAUAAAAGUUCCCUAUGCAUCCAACAAAAAAAAUAAUCAAUGCAUACAUACAGUUUUUAACAAAAUCAUUUUUGAUUUAUAGCUAACUAUAAGUUUCAUCUAAAUAUUAUUUUUAAAAUUUUAACGAAUUUUUGUUAUUUAUUGAUAAAAGAUGUUUAUUUCUUUUAAAACUGUAUACUUUAGCCAUAAUUUUGAUUAUCUUAGAGAGAGGGAUUUAGUAAAAAAAAAAAUAAAAUAGAUAUUUUAGCUACAAAAACAAAAAUUGUACCCCUCAAUAUUAUAACGACCUCUUCAACUUGGCUAUGGUUUUGUUGUGUAACUUUUUUUUUU